CAACUCAUUGAAUGAAAGCUGAGCAAAGCUGUGCGGUGGCUGCCUGGUGGCACCGGCCCGUGCAUGAGGAAGCCAAUCGGGGCCAUUCAUCGCUAUUCAGGGGAGCGACUCAGCCCUGCUUCUGUUUACAUUUAGUUUCCCCUCACACUGUGCGCGCCACACUCCACCUUUCCUCUGGUUAGGGCUUAUCCCCAGCUUGCUGAUUCAGGGCACCUCGAGAGCGCAUUCUCUGAGCCUCGCCCUUCGCUAGCUCUCAAGCCUUCAACCUCUACACCGGACAACCGCGGAAUGUACAUCGCAUGAGCGCUCAGUUCCUUGCUUACGUGCUGGUUCUCGAGGCUGUGCGGGCCAACUCGUUCGGGUUCGUCGCGUCUUCGUCAGCUGCUUCCGCUUCGGCAAGCUACGAAGAAUGUCGAACGUCGCCGUCGAGCAUCCUCGGGCGUUCCCGACCACGGUCGGCUUCCGCGUCAUGGGCGGCUUCGAGCUGCCUGCUGCUCAGCUCGCCCCGCCCUCGACGCCGGAAGUGGGCUACCUGGGCGCCAGCGCAGGCGCCAGCAGCAGCCCUCACAGCGCUGUGCUGACGCCGCCGCAGCAGCCCCCCAAGCUGUCUUCGGUGCCUCCGCUGUCGGCGGAGCGCGCCUAUGGCACGCCCACGGGUUCGCUGCUGCAGCGUGCGCCGGUGGCCCUCAGCAGCAGCUUAGUCUCGAGCGCGCCCCACAAGCCCGCGGGCGUGGCUGACCUCGUCACGUCCCUGUCGGCCGGCAACCCGGAAAGCCCGAGUGCCGUCGGCUGGCAGGGCCUGCUGGAGUUCAGCGAGACCAGCGGCUGCAGCGGCGUGCUGGGUCCGAAGACUACGUCGGAGGACCUUGACAGCAUCCUGAACCGCGACUGCAAGAUUGAGAUCUGCUGCACCGCCCACACCUCCCCCGCGGUGCGGCGCCUGGUCAAGUCCGUCAUCCGUGGGCUGCGCGCUUGCCAGGAGCCGGACAAGGCGGCGGACGGCAUGGGCGGCACCUACUUCUUCUCCAACGAGGCGGGCAAGAAGGCCGCCAUUCUCAAGCCCUGCGACGAGGAGCCCCUCGCGCCCAACAACCCCAAGGGCUACGUCGGCCGCCAGCUGGGUGACCCUGGCUGGAAGCCGACCGUUCGCGUGGGCGAGGCCGCCAUCCGUGAGGUGGCUGCCUACCUGCUCGACCACGACGGCUUUGCGCGCGUUCCCACCAGCGUGCUGGUGCGCGCGCGCCACCCCGUCUUCUGCUACCAGGCUUCACGCGCCUCAGGCGCGGGCGCUCCGACGCCCGUCGCCAGCUCUGGUGGCGCGCCGCCGGCCUUCACUGGCCGCGGCGCUAGUUCUAUCAAUCUCGACAGCGGCGCAGGCGGGGCCGCGACCGGCGCCAGCAGCGCCAUCGCGACUCCGGCCUCGCCCGACAACCUGCUGCCUAUGAAGCUGGGCUCGCUGCAGGAGUUCGUGACCCACGAGUGUGACACUAGUGAAAUGGGUCCCGGCCGCUUCAGCGUGCGCGACGUGCACCGCAUCGGCAUCUUUGACCUGCGGCUGUUCAACACCGACCGCCACGCCGGCAACAUGCUGGUGCGCACGCCGCGCACCGCGUCCGCCUCCACCGCCGACCUCAAGUCGCGCAUGACCGCGGACGCCCCGUACGAGCUUAUUCCGAUCGACCACGGCUUCUGCCUGCCGGAGACGCUGGAGGCGCCGUACUUUGAGUGGCUGCACUGGCCGCAGACGAUGCUGCCGUUCAGCGAGGACGAGCUGCAGUACAUUCGCGAGCUGGAUGUGGAGCGCGACAAGGCGAUUCUCCGCCAGGAGCUGCCCAUCCUGCGGCCCGAGUGCCUGCGCGUCCUGGAGGUCUGCACUACGCUGCUGAAGACUUGCGCAGCCGCUGGCCUGACCCUAUUCGAUAUUGCGAGCGUCAUGACCCGCCCCUUCGUCGAUGCCGACGAGGAGCCUAGUGAGCUGGAGCGCAUUUGCCUCCGGGCACGCCAGUGCGUCGAGUACACCGCCCGGUGCGGCAACGGCGAGCUCGAGAGCGUGGAGGAGAGCGACUCGGAGGGCGACGCCGACGGCGAGGCGCCCACCAGCGAGGAGCUGCUGAUGGAGGAGGAGAUUGCCAGCGAGGCGCUGGGCGUGUCCCGCCGCGGCCCCCCGCGCCGCGGCGCCACCAUCUCCAGCAUUAAGGAGGAGGGUGAGGACAUGCUGUUCGAGCUGGAGGAGGACGUGUCCGGCGGCGGCGUGGCUGCCAGCGGUGCCGCCAAGCGCCGCGCUGCCGCUGCCGGCAUGCGCUCCGACGGCCGCGACGCCGAGGAGUCGAGCGGCGAGUACUCGCCCUGCUCCAGCCUGUCCAGCGGCGAUGAGCACCUGGGCAGCAUGAACCAGGCCGGUUCGCUGUCCUCGGGCGCGAUGCCGGUGGGCGGCAGCAACAGCCCCUCGGAGGUGACGCCGGUGCGCGUCAUGCCGGCGGCAGGCGCGGACCGCCCCGUGCCCAUGGCCAGCUCGGUGCACGUGACCGACGGCUUCCUGUGGCGCAAGCUGAAGACGCAGCAGGCCGCCCGCCGCGCCGGCGGCAAGGGCGGCGCGCUGACCUGCCCCAAGCGCAGCCGCAUGGCGCCGCAGGUGUACCCGCCGCCGGUGGCGGCGUUCAGCCCCGACUGCAUGAAGGACUGCUUCUCCGGCAUGAGCGAGGAGCAGUGGCAGCAGUUCAUGGACCUGGUGAACGAGCAGGUCCAGGUCGCCCUGGAGGAGGGCCGCUGGCGCCAGUCCACCAACGACCUGGCCAGCGGCAUGGCGAUGUCCUGCCCCACCCGCUUCUAAGACGCCGCUGGAGGCGCCGCGCUGCCGUGGCUGCGGCCGCGGUGGGAGGGCGCGCUGUAAGGCACGAGCGCGCGUGUGCCCCUGGACUGCUAUGAGUCCCGUGAGUGUGCAUCUACAUUACGCAGCGCACAACGGUUAUUGUUGUCAGGUGGUUGGUUGUAUCGUUGGUAGUCGCAUACACUGUUUUGCGGUGUCAGGUGUGCUGAGGACUGCCCAAGGCAUGCAGCCCGGCUGCGAGCCGCAGCGGGCGCGCAUCCUGGGUCUGGCCUCGGUGCGUAUGGAGUUGCGCUGUGUUGUUUACCUGUGCUUACCCAGACGUGGACGUGGUGCCGCGUAGGCAUGCAAGUAGUACUCGUGCGCCUGCUGCGCCCUAGUGCAAGGCAACACACAACUAACUGACCCAGUAAUUUUCGGCCUCCCGCUGGUCUGCUGCUGCAUGAUGUGCGAGUGUGUACGUAAUACGUCAGACUUCGGUCAGCAACGGAGGAUAUGCAUUGACGCAGCUACUGUGGUGUAGGGGGUAGGAAAGGUUCCGCAUGCGCCCUGCGUGGUCUGCAUAUGGCAUUGGGUGCAGGCCUCGCGCUGUCAUCCAGGUGCACUUCGUGUGCACGAUUGCACAAGCGAGUGGUCGGCGUGGAAUUUAGGAUGCAUAGGCUGAAGAUGGGCGGUAGGAUGGAUAGGAACCUCGCUUAGGUAGGCACACGCUUUAGUACCACUCGACGUGGAUAGACGAUAAGGCAUACAGACGUGGACAUGGCAGAAGGGCGAAGGGCGCCCAGUGCGGCAGCGGCGUCGUACGCGGCGGCCGGGAGCUGGGUGGUGUGGAUGAGGUGGGCGUGGCGGGAGCUGUACAGUGUGGCGUGCAUGGAACGCCCUGGCGGCGGAUGCGGAGUUGACAGGAGGGUUGCAACAUGGGCACGCGCAGGUUGCGGUGAAGGAGCGGCUGUAGAAUAAGGGUGGCGGCGAAGGCGGCCUAGGAUGUGGAGGAGUCCCACCGCGGGCCGGGCAAUGCUCGUUGGAUGCUGACACAAAUCUCGCAACAAAACUACGCAUGGGAGUAGUGCGCGGUGUGCACCUGAGGUUGGAUUUUUGAUUUGCCGGUUGUUUACUCAGUGGGGCCCCGGCAAACAAUUAAAUACGCAGGAAGGCGUGCCCGACCACUCGGGCCGCAACUAGACUUACGCCGCUGUAGGGUCUGUACAAUAGUAUACGUGUGACGGUUGCAGCUGGUACGUUCUGUUUUGAUGUUGGUUGGUGCUGGUGCGGCAAAGCCAGGGUCCUGACUCAUUGGCACGUCAAGUGCUGGGACCAUCCCCCAGCAGUGGCGGUCUGUGUGUGCAGGUACCCAGGAUUGUGCUGCAGCGCGCGCGGAGACACAUCGUCGAGCUGCUUGCCGGAGGAAUCCUUAGGUUUCCAGGCGGUGCAGAGUUCUGCUGGUGGGUCAUACACCCCGCCCAAGUCUUUGAGACGUUGGGUGGGCGAAUUCUUUGGUGGAUGGUCGGUCCGCGGCUGCGUCGCCACACGUAGGUGUACAAGUAACUAAGAAGGAAGGGGUGGUACAAUACCGGAGAAUGACUGAGGAGCGCGCUGCAGCGUGCAGGACUGCUUUCGAGGAAGGUCAAGCAAGAGACCCCAGAAUGUAAUGUUAAGUUGGU